GCGGCGCGCAGUCCAUUAACGCGGUGAGCUUCGGUAAGGGAUCCCAAGAUCUAUGACCAAUGAAACAAUUGUUCUUGGCCCAGGUUCGUCGGGCCUGUGUGCCAACGGGUGGCUUAAAGGGCAGGCUUGGUAUCAAUCCAUUGGCGAGAUUCGGUCUUCGUCUGACAAUCCCCACAAGCACCCCGGACAAACUCACAUGACGGGCCGUCCACCAUGGGGCGCCUGUCGAGUUCUGGAGUCAAAUCCUGGAUGAUUUGCGGCGAGCAUAAAUACUACUUGAUGGUAGUGUGCCCAUCUUACUCCACGCCGAAAUACCCUGGGGGUUGAUCACUCAUUUCCUCAUACCACCACGCACUGUAGGAACUCCGAUCCAUCAUGCCGGUCUUUGCUGUCGGCGCCAAAGCGCCCAACAGCAAUGCUGUUGCGGCCCGCGAAGAUGCACCUGAAUUCGAGAAGGUCAACUGGCGGAAAGAGCCCAACAUGCGCAAGCUCUACUUUUGGGCUUGCGUUCUCUGCGUUGCUUCGGCCACCACUGGUUACGACGGUAUGAUGAUGAACUCGUCACAACAGAUGAACCGAUGGACCGCAUACUUCAACAAGCCUGAUGACAACCGCCUGGGUCUCAUGAACAACGCCUACAACAUUGGUUCCAUCGUCAGUUUCUUCAUUGUACCCUUUGCCGCUGAAUGGUGGGGCCGCAAGAUCCCCAUCGCUAUUGGUUGUUCCAUCAUGAUCGCAGGUGCUCUGGUUUCCACGUUCGCAAAGAACUGGGAGACCUACAUGGCCGGUCGCUUGGUCCUUGGUUUCGGCAACAGUUUUGCACAGAUGUGCUCCCCCAUCCUGCUCACAGAAAUCUGCCACCCUCAGCAUCGCGCUAAGUUCACAGCCGUUUACAACUGUCUGUGGAACCUGGGCGCUCUUUUCGUUGCGUGGAUUGCUUGGGGCACGUCGCAAGCCGACAACGAGUGGUCUUGGAGGUCAAUCACUCUUCUUCAGGGUCUGCCCUCUGCCAUCCAGCUUUGCUUCAUCUACUGGGUUCCAGAAUCACCUAGAUGGCUCAUCUCAAAAGAGCGCUACGAAGAUGCCUUGAACAUGCUGUCAUACUACCAUGCGAACGGCGACAAGAACAACACGACUGUCCAGUUUGAAUACCAGGAGAUGAAAGAGACUAUCCGCAUGGAGAUGGACGCUUCCAAGAACUCCAGCUACCUCGACUUCCUCAAGACUCGCGGCAACCGCUGGAGGUUGGCUAUCUUGAUUUCUCUGGGUAUCAUCUCGCAGUACAGCGGUAAUGCUUUGUUCUCCAACUACAUCAACCUGGUCUACGAAGGCGCUGGCAUCACAAGCCAGAACCAGAAGAUGGGUCUCACUGGCGGCGAGCGAAUCCUGGCUUUGUGUGUCUCCCUCUACGCUGCUACCCUGAUCGACAAGGUCGGCCGCAGGAAGCUCUUCCUGAUCGCGACUACCGGCAUGGUCGUCAACUUCAUCUGCUGGACCAUCACGUGCGCCAUCUACGAGCGCUCGGGCGAGACAAACACGAGCGCCGGCUACGCGCAGAUCCCCUUCAUCUGGAUCUUCGGCGUCUUCUACUCGCUCGCCUGGUCCGGUCUACUUGUCGCCUACGCGCUGGAGAUCCUGCCCUACCGUCUGCGCGGCAAGGGCCUCAUGAUCAUGAACAUCACCGUGCAGGCGAUUCUCGCCGUCGGCGGCCAGACAAACCCCGUCGCCUGGAAACGCCUGCCAAACCACUGGAACCUGGCGCUGUUCUACACUUGCUGGAUCUGCGUCGAGCUUGUCUGGGUCUACUUCGUCUACCCCGAGACCCGGGGCCCGACGCUCGAGGAGAUUGGCAAGAUCUUCGACGGCGAGGAUGCCACGGUUGCGCACAUCAGCAUGAAGCAGGUCGAGAGGGAGGCCGAGGAGCGCGAGGUGAUUGACGAGAAGACGCCUCAGGUUGCUGAGAAGCGCGUUUGAGUGUGUUGACACCUAUGCGUUGCGCGCUCGACAAAGGUCGUCGGGAAUAUGUCACUGUAAUGGGUGGUGCGGCUAUGCAAACUGUAGACUGUCGUUACAAGUAAUUGGGGAUUGCUACGUCCCGCUCAUGCCAUGCGCUCGGUUGCUUUCACUGGUCGUCAAUGACUGACUGAUGCGAUGACGGGUAAUCCCACAGUCGAUCAAGCCCGC